GUGGUGUCAAAUGAAGAAUGGGUUUUGAACUACUCAAGUGCGUGGUCGUGCUGGCAGCUGCGAUUUUAUUGCCACGCAAAGCUGCAUUCAUUGAUCGGGGUUAUUGCCAUUGAUGUGUUUGUUGCUAUUGCGGUGUUAUAUUUUGGUCGAAGACAGAGUAAUAGUUUGUUGAUAAAAUUGCCGGUCGACAACAUCUACUAACACUUAAAAUUGUACAAAGGUAUGUAUGUGAGUGAAUAGUGAAAAGUCUGUGGGUUGACGCCAACAUCAGUGGGAAAGUGUUUUGGUUUUUGUUUCAUUUGCUGUCUCUAUGUAAUAACACAAUGCUUGUCAGUGUAUUCUCGCCGUGCGUUUUCUUAACGGCGCUUGUUGUUCAUAGACUUCUCUCCGCAAUUUGCUUGGCGCUCGGGUUCAUUUAUUCAGUCACUCAACGAAAGUACAAAAUCAUACAUACUUAGGUAUAUGCGUACAUGCAAAGUAGUGUCGAUGACGCUUAGAAAGCCGUAAAUGCAAAAGCGAACGCGGACGCAAACGUUUUCCGACAUUGCCUAACAAGCGUCGCGCUGCCCUCGAAGCGCACACACAAACCGCGGACUGUGAUGAGAAAAUAUCGCACGGGCGUGGGGAGACCAAUUUCGACGACGAGCUUGUUGGUAUUAGUACGCUUCUACUUGUGAGCGGCAGCGUUUGGUGGUUUUGGUUGCGGCUAACGACUGACAACUGAGGGCAGUGCUAGCGUUCCUAGAUAAGCGCGCACAUCGCUUAUAUCGCAUCGCAUCGCAUCUAGCGCGAAUUUGUAGUUGUAACGUGCUGUGACUGCUUUAAUUUGCACCAUACGUUACGGUUUCUGAAAAUCAAAUCGUAUGAAUUUCUCAAUGUAUUCUCAAUUCUCACAAACAAAUGUGUCUACAUACAUAUACAUACAUUUGAACAUCGAAAAGAACAAACCACCGAAAUCUCGUGUGAUCGAAGUGUAGUGAAGGUGACGCAAAUACUCGUACCAGAUGUCUUUGAUCAACCGGCUGCCAACGUCCAACGGUUCAAAAAAUCGGUCGCGCUCAUGAUUUGUUGCUGGAUAAUUACUACACCGAGAAGUCGGUGGUGUGCGCUUAUUAAGUGACUUAGCGGGCUGUGACUUCCCUGUAACCCACAUUUAUCAUUUGCAGAAAGCUUAUAAACAUUUUGAAAUUAAUAUUUUUUUUUUGGUUAUUUAUGUGAAAGUGUAAUUUUGGCUUAGAUUGCUCAGUGGCUUAUAACGGUGUGUUUUCGGUAGCAAACACCGAAACGAAAAAAACAAAUUGAACGCCACAAAAAGUUUUUGAAAAUAUUUAUAUACUUGCUAUGUGUGUAUGACUUCAAAAUCAAGCUAAGAUGGAUAGAACAAUGUAUGGAAAAUUUGAUCCCGGUGCACGGCAGCCUUACCGUACGAUACGAGCGAAAGGAAUACAACCAGGAUACGCACUUCUCGCCGAUCUGCAGAGCAGCGUGCCCGGCAAUCGUCCACCACAGUACAAUACCUCAAAUAUUAACUAUGGCGAUAGCUCAGGCUAUGGCAGUUUGCGUGGUAAAGCAGCGCCGCCACCGGUAGUGCAUCAGGAACACUACAGCGUUACCGAAACAAGAACAGCGCCAUCACCAACGCGAAGUGUUGGCGGCUACAAUGGUUUGGGCAGUAGCAUCGGAGCGUCACCCGUGGGUCAGUCAUAUAAUUAUCAAAAUCAGGGAACACUUGGACGAACAGGUGGCGCUUACAAUGGCUCUCCCGUUCAACAAAACUCAAAAAACCUAUCGGAACUGGAUUCGCUUUUGGAGGAUUUGAGUAAUGCUAGAUAUAAUAGUAAUUAUGAAAAAAAAGAAAACAUAGUGCCAACGAGUUACAACACAAACUCCAAGUAUAAUACCUACAAUUCCAGCGACGAGCGGCCAACAAUUGAUAGUCUCCUUAGUGAAAUGGAUAAUGCCUCAAACUAUGCUGUACCUAACGGUAACCUUACCAAGUCACCGACGCCUGGACGACAUGUUAGCAUUACAGUUCGUGAGACCAAAACUGAGGCACUUGCGCCGGAAGGCCCAGUUGGCAUCGUUGAAAAAGAAAUAGUACAGAAUGACAUUUAUUUGCCAAAUCAAGCGCCGCCAUCGGGAUACGCAUCGUCGGCAACUAAAGAGUUGGAUGAUUUAAUGGCAUCGCUGUCUGAUUUUAAGGUUAAUAACGGUUCGAACCAUCACCACCAGACAGUUACCGAUUACGCUAAGCCGAAUAAGGGCGUGUCACACUUAACGCAAACUAUCACCGAAACAACCACUUCUACCGUUGUAGAAGAUAACGAACCAGAUCAGUUGGAUUCUAUGCUUGGUAGUUUACAAGCCAAUAUGAGUCGUCAAGGAGUCAAUACCGUACAAAAGGGCUGCUGCAAUGCUUGCGAAAAGCCAAUUGUGGGCCAAGUGAUCACAGCCUUAGGCAAGACCUGGCAUCCAGAGCACUUCACAUGCAAUCACUGUAACCAGGAGUUGGGCACACGUAACUUCUUCGAACGCGAUGGCUUCCCAUACUGUGAGCCGGAUUACCACAACUUGUUCAGUCCACGUUGCGCUUACUGCAAUGGCGCUAUUUUAGAUAAAUGUGUAACAGCUUUGGAUAAAACAUGGCAUACGGAGCACUUCUUCUGCGCACAGUGCGGACAGCAAUUUGGUGAGGACGGUUUCCAUGAACGCGACGGCAAACCCUAUUGUCGCAACGAUUACUUUGAAAUGUUCGCGCCCAAGUGCAAUGGUUGCAAUCGUGCUAUUAUGGAAAACUACAUCUCGGCGUUGAACUCGCAAUGGCAUCCUGACUGCUUCGUUUGCCGGGACUGUCGGCGGCCCUUCCAAGGUGGCUCUUUCUUCGAUCACGAAGGUCUACCCUACUGUGAGACACAUUACCAUGCAAAACGUGGCUCCCUUUGCGCCGGUUGCUCUAAACCCAUCACAGGUCGCUGCAUUACUGCCAUGUUCAAGAAGUUCCAUCCGGAACAUUUUGUGUGCGCCUUCUGCUUGAAGCAGCUCAAUAAGGGCACCUUCAAAGAACAAAACGACAAGCCAUAUUGCCACGAAUGCUUCGAAAAGGUUUUCGGAUAAAUAGUUUAACUAAAAUCAUCGACCAAUAGUCAGGACUAUCACAACAGUCGCAUAUGCAUACAUACAUACUAAAUACAUAAAAAUUAUGUAUGCCACUUAUGUUGUUAGUGUUAGACGUUGGAAAACGUGUGUUUAUUUGUUAUUAGAACGAAAACUUUUUAUAAUUUCAAUUUUUUUGCCUUUUCAAAAUUACAUUUUAUUGCCACAUAACUUGAAACGUAAAAUAAUUUUGUGCAAACAUUCAAACUUUAGCAUAUAGUUUAUAAUAUUUAAUUAAUUGUAUAUUUUUUAUUAACCCCAAUUGCUUAAAGUAACCAAUGUUUAAAUGUUAUGCCGACCAAUCCGUUAUAUUUUUAGACAAUUUUUUUCUACCGCCAUUUCUUCGUUCUUUAUGUAAACAAAAAUUCGUAAGUUGCGGGUAACAUUUUUUAUAAUUUACUGUUAUUAGGUGUACAAAUUACAUUUGUCUGUAUGUAACUCGGCACGAGUCUUAUAAAACUCAAAACUUUGUUGAUAAUAUGCAAUAAAAGUAAUCGUUUAUUAUUCGAGGUUGCAUUGAAAUAAAAUUCGUCUAUAUUCCAACAGUUAAAAGUGCCGAAAAAUUGUAAGAGAUUGUUACCGUAUAUAAUGAGUCAUGAACAAUUAUUUACGAUUAAAGUUUAUUGGUGAAACGAAUAAAUCGAAUUGAAUAAAUUUUUAACAAAACAAACUA